AUGCUGCUAGUGGUGGCGCUUCUCCUCGCCGCGCCAGCAGCCAGUGCCCCGCAGCGCGCCCGCGGCGCCCCCGUCGCCGCCGCUCCCGCUGCCCUCGGCCCUGCCGGCGCCUUCGACGCCGCGCGUCGUGCGCUUUACGAGGCCUCAGACGAAUCCUUCUCGGACUCCUCCCUGACCCAGGCCGGCCCCACCUGCAUCGCACGCUUUUAUGCGCUUGUCGACCAGCUGUACCCCUCGGGCUCGACGUGCCCUGUCACCAUCCAGCAAGGACUCUCCGCGACGGCGGCAGACAUGUGCCCCGAAGGCGGCGGCGGUGUGGGGUCGCCGCUGCAGCAGUGCCUGCGCGCGACGACGGCCACCGCGGACGCUUGGACGGAUUACGUCACCACCUGCCCCGUGCUCCGCAUCAAGCAGCGCGCCCCCGGCUUCAAAUCGGGCGUGGGCGGCUUCUCAUGCGUGCCGAAGUACGCCACGCCCGCCGAAUUCCGGAGCCAGUACCUGGCAGCGGGAGCCGCGGGCGGCGCCAAAGCCGCGACGUCCGCUGGCGCCGGCCGCGCGGCCCAAGCCUCGUGGGUGCUUGCGGCUGCAGUGGCGGCGGCGGCGGUCGCACUGUGA